CAACAACUCUCUUCCGCUGACCGGAACCUUCUGCGCCAUCUCCUUCACAGUUCUCACGAACCCUUGCACUGUGCUCUUACAUCAGCUCACGUGGUGUAAUCCUCAGACAAUUACCCGUCUGUCUGCCGAAUCAUCACGAGCCCGUGUAAAUCCAGCACUUCCCAAUGGCGUCCCUCACAUUAGUUGUUGAGCCCCGGGGCAAACCUAUCAAGAAGCUCCCCAAGCAAGUCCAAGUUUCCCCCGAUGCCUCGACUGCCGAAAUCUACAACAAGCUCGCGGAAGCCUCGGGCUUCUCCAUCCACCGUCUCAGAAUCACCAAGGGCAGCGACCGCACCGUAGUCCCCAACUCCAAGGACUCGACCGUCGACGGAACCGGCCUGAAGGAGAAGAGCGUCCUGCACGUUAAAGAUCUAGGCCCCCAGCUCGGAUGGCGCACCGUCUACAUCAUCGAAUACCUCGGACCACUCUUCAUCCCAGCCCUCUUCCUCUUCCCCCUCCGCCCAUAUGUCUACUUCAACUUCGACCAGCCACUGCCCGAACCAUCCUUCUUCCAGCUCCUGGUCUGCGCCCUGCUCACCAUCCACUUCAUUAAACGCGAAUACGAAACCAUCUUCGUCCACCGCUUCAGCAAUGCCACCAUGCCCGCCCGCAACAUUAUCAAGAACAGCGGCCACUACUGGGUCCUAGCCGGCCUCAACAUCGCCUACUGGGUCUUCCGUCCCGACUCCCCCGCCACCACCAACCAGGACGCCUUCCUCCUCUAUAGCGGCCUGGCCCUCUUCAUCUUCGGUGAACUGGCCAACCUCAACGCCCACCUGAUACUACGCGACCUCCGUCGCCCCGGUACCACGGAGCGAGGCAUUCCCUCCGGAUUCGGGUUCAAGGCCGUCACCUGCCCCAACUACUUCUUCGAGGUCGUCAGCUGGGUGGGCGUCUACCUGCUGAGUGGAAUGAGCUGGAGCGUUCUCCUGUUCAUCGUCGUCGGAACCGCCCAGAUGGCCAUCUGGGCGAAGAAGAAGGAGCGUCGCUACCGUAAGGAAUUCGGCGACAAGUACAAGCGUAAGCGCUUCGUUAUCCUGCCCGGUCUGUACUAGAUCAACAACCAGCAGCCAGCAGCCAGCAACCAGCAGCCAGCAUGGUAGUGAAAUAGCUAUGCUGGAUGCGACCGCAUCGCGCAUACGUGUCUUGGCAGGUGACAGCCAAGUAGAUACCACGGGAACCUUGCAUUAGCCUCAAAAGUCAGUGUUGAGGUGAGAGGUCAUUGGUAUUACGGGGGAAUUUUCUUUGCAUGACAGUUGUUCUUCGCAUGUAACCUAUUACUACUAUUAUUAUUAUAGAUUCUAGUUUGUUUUAUAGUUUCACGAGAGUCAUGCGCAGUUUAUUUUUACGCGAAGAAUAAUUCAAGUCAAGACCAUGUUAACGCAAUUGAUACAUGCAGCAUCCAUCCAUCCAUCGAUAGCC